CUCCUAUAAAUGUCAGAUUUGCCCCACUCAUUCCAUUGCUCUCUGUGAACAGCCAGCUCUCCUCCAGACUGCCUUGUGACUAAGAAAACAAUGGAAAAGUGUACAAUGGAAAAAGCCUUGGACAUUAUGGUUAAUACCUUCCAUCAAUAUUCUGGCCAGGUGGGAGACCCAGACACCCUGACCAGGGGAGAAAUGAAACAACUGAUAAACAAGGAGAUGCCAAAUUUCCUAAAGAAUGCCAAGGACCUACAGAAUUCUAAACAUAUCAUGCAGGAGCUAGACACAGAUCAAAAUGGUCAGGUUAACUUCAACGAGUUCUCCGUCUUGAUGGCAAGACUGAUCAUGGCCACCCAUGAAAGGAUGCAUGAGACGGCACCUGACAAAGAGCACCACAGCCACGGGCCUGGCCUUGAGGGGAAAGGGGGCUCAAGCUGUGGAAGUGGGCGUUGACACUCCCACUGAUGGUGGUGAGGCAAAACCUCCCUUCCCCUCACAUUCACCCUUCCAGCCUCUCCUACCCCGAUCCUGCCCCAUUCCCAAGGAAAUGCUUUGACUCCAUAGAGCCAAAAGAUGUACAAAAAAUAAUAGGGAAACGGGUGCUGGUGUCCUGAUGACCUUAGCAAUAUAACUAGGCGUCAAUAAAGUUUUCCUUUGAAUCA